UGGAGAUAGACUGCACAAACUUGUCCAGUUGUAACCUAACACUGCCCUGAAGAAAGCGCUGCACAGAUAAAGAGAAGUGAAGUGUCUUCUUUAUUUGAAAUUGCAGGACAUUCCUGGCAGGGACAAGGCACCAAGCAGGACGCUUUGAAGGAAUAUGUAAAGACGAAGGAAGGAAGACAAGUUGAAGAAAUCUAGCUGAAGAGGGCUGGAGGAGUAGGGUGUUUGGAGAAGGGAGCAGCUGCAGAGACCUGAAGGAGACCUUCACAUGGAGAGGACAAUAGGAUGAUACCCCACUUGUGGGAGUUCCAUUAAAGUGUAAACAAAAAAAGUCCCAGUCAGAUGUCCCAGGUGAGAAGUGAUCUCUCAAGCCGUUCUGACUCACUCAAUGGAGACCCCAUGCCGGAUCAGACACCCUUCCUGCCCACUAGUGCAGAUCAGGAGGAGAUCUCGAGCGCUUCCUCCGCGCAGAAUCCAGCGGUAGCACCGUCUGCCCUGUGCCACAUCCAAGCUCCUCACCCUCAGGCCCCAGCAACGGAGGAGAAGGAGAAACUGCCAGAAGAUGACAAGUCGCCGAACCUCCUGGCAAAUGGAACACCACCUCCCAAAGGCGAGACCAAAUUAGAGUCCAUGGUCACUCCCGAAGCCGUGACACGCCAGCCCCAGGUCCGAACACCCCUGCGGGGUCUCCAGCCGUCCAGCCCCAUGGACUGCACCCCUCUACUGCAGAACGGCGCCAGGUGUGUCCCAGACCUGGGCGGCGCAAACCGAGAUGCAGGGAACGGCGUCCUCGGCUCGCUGCCCAACUCUCAGAAGCCUCAUCGGAAGCUGCAGUCGCACUAUUCCAUCAACAGCCAGGGCAGCAAGAAGAGCAAAGGCAGCUCCAAAUCUGCCUCCUCGCAGAUCCCUGUGGAGGCCCAGCAAGAUUGCUGCGUCCACUGCAUCCUCUCCUGCCUCUUCUGCGAGUUCCUGACCCUCUGCAACAUUGUGCUGGACUGCGCCACCUGCGGCUCCUGCAGCUCCGAGGACUCCUGCAUCUGCUGCUGCUGCUGCGGCUCCGGGGAGUGCGCCGACUGCGACCUGCCCUGCGACAUGGACUGCGGCAUCGUGGACGCCUGCUGCGAGUCCGCGGACUGCCUGGAGAUCUGCAUGGAGUGCUGCGGCCUGUGCUUCUCCUCCUGAAGCGGGGCCGGGGGCAAGGAACCCAGAGCCAAAUCCCUCGCCCAGGCAUAAACUGGAGGGGGCGGGGGUGGGGCAGGAGUGCCUGGGAUUGGGGAUCCCUUCCCCCCGCCCCCCCACUCCUUGGGCUCUCAUUUUUCUUGACCUGCCCCGCGUCAUGUGUUCGGAGGAUCCUGCCGGUUUCCUGAGCCAACAUUUGAGAGGGAGAUGGAAAGGGGAGGAGUCCAGAGACCCCAUCAGAGCCGGUACCCUGAGGCUGGAAAGCACCCGGGGAUGGGAGUCGCCGCCUUAGAGCCAUGGGACAGCGGACGAUUCAUUGGAUACCUGCAGGACCCAAACACACUCUCUCUACCUCCCCCGGUGCUGUCCGGCUCGGUAACCCCAAGCGGUGGCUGCUCCCUGCCGCCUGAGCCAAGAGCAGGAGAGCAAGUCGUACAGAGACCCGUCUCUCCCGUCUGGCAGAGACCCUGAGCUGCCUUGUUGGGCCAAAGAUCGGACGUGCACUGAGCCACCGGCUGUCUGAGGAAUCGGUGAACGGGGCCCCCCCAACUGGCUGGCUGCUGGAGGGCUGUAGCAGCACGAGUGCCCCGUGGCUGGCAAAGAAAAGUGUCCCAGGUGCACGGGUGCCAGCUGCUUGGCAGCUAUCGCAGGCGCACCCAGGCUGCUGGUUCAAAACUACGGCAAGGGCUUGGUGCCCGCUCGCUGGUAUUCUAGGCUAGUUUGCAACUCGAAGGAAUAGGCUGGUGUCCCCUGGUCAGCAGCUGGGUGUCGUGAGCCCACAGGGGUUUUGCAGCUGGCCUGCCAGCACCCAGAGUACAAAGACAGGACUUUUUCACAGGGUUCCCACAGGCCCGUCUAACCUCAUGCCCUGCAGACUCGGGUGACGGGGCCCAAGGCGUGGCACAAAACGCACGCAUCGGCCUCAUCCUCCCGCCCCAGGCAGGAAGCGGUGACGCUGGGCAGCAAGGCACCGUGAACUUCAGGGGGCCGGCUGGGGUGGGAAGUUGGAGCUCGGACGCCUCCGCCUCCCUUUGCGGUUGGAAGUGGCUUCCCCGCCCCCUUCUCAGUGCUGAGGUAGACAGGCAAGUGCAAUGAACACAGCCAGCUGCUCCCUUGUGGCCCCAGCACUUGGGCUCUCACACGCGUGUGUGCAGGGGCACAUGCAUGCACACACACACACACAUACACACUUUUGCACAGAGCCUCUUCCUUAACUGCCCCUGUGAUGGUUGACAAAGGAUGCCCUGAAGAGCCUUCCCCGCAGAGAAGCUGCGUGUCCGUGCACAAAUUGGUGAGGAGAGGAGAUUCCAGAUUCUCCCUGCUGCGAAACGCCUUCUCUCCUGGCCGCCUAGUUACAGGGGAAGGACAGACCGCUCUGGGUGCAAGCCAUGCAGCAGCGGCUGUUGGACACCGCACCUGCCGGGAGGGCCAGUGGCUCCGGCUCUCUCUCCCGCUAUGCCGGCCCACCCUGCUUGGGCCUUCAGCUGCAGGGCUGAGAGGAAAUGCGCCCUGCAAAGGCUGGGGGGUUGUGCGGUUUUGUCUGUUUGAUUUGUUACUGUAAAUAAAGAUCUUCCUGCAUUUCUGA